UCCUCUUCCCGCCAUGGCCACCGUCCGCGCCACCCUCCCCGCCAAUCUUCCACCUCCACCUCCACCUUCACCUUCACCUCCGGCCCGCUCCCCCACCGCCACCUAUCCUCGCCACGGCAAGCCCCUCGCCACGACCCCCGCCGAGCGCGCCGCGCUCCAGCCAUCCGAAGCGGCGUCGCUCCUCACGGCCGCGGCGCGAGCCCGCGACCUCCGCCUGGGCCGCUCGCUCCACGCCCGUCUCCUCCGCACCGGGACCCUCCUCGAGUCUGACGCCGUCGUCGCCAACUCCCUCCUCACGCUCUACUCCAAGUGCGGCGCCGUGGCCGCCGCGCGCAGCGUGUUCGACGGAAUGCCCGACGGCCUGCGGGACCUCGUGUCCUGGACGGCCAUGGCGUCCUGCCUCGCGCGGAACGGCGCGGAGGCCGAGGCGCUCCGACUGUUCGGCGAGACAAUCGAGGUGGGGCUCCGGCCGAACGCGUUCACGCUGUGCGCCGCCGCACAGGCCUGCUUCGUCAGCGAGCUCUUCCACUCGGCUGGUGGGGCGGUUCUUGGUUUGGUGUUCAAGAUGGGGUUAUGGGGCACCGACGUGUCGGUGGGUUGCGCUCUGAUUGACAUGUUCGCGAAGAAUGGGGAUCUGGUGGCUGCGCGCCGGGUGUUUCAUGGAUUGGUCGAGAGGACAGUUGUUGUCUGGACGUUGCUGAUUACACGGUAUGCGCAGGACAGCUGCGCGGACGAGGCUGUAGAGUUGUUUCUUGACAUGCUGGAGAACGGAUUUCGGCCAGAUCAGUACACCAUGAGCAGUAUGCUUUCGGCUUGUACAGAGUUGGGAUCAUUCAGGUUGGGGCAGCAACUGCACUCUCUAGCGCUCAGGCUUGGACUGGAAUCAGACGAUUGUGUGAGCUGUGGGCUUGUGGACAUGUAUGCAAAGUCUCACAUUGGACACUCCAUGCACAAUGCGAGGGAAGUCUUCAAUCGGAUGCCCAAGCAUAAUGUGAUGUCGUGGACGGCACUUUUGUCAGGGUAUGUGCAACGUGGAUCACAGGACAACAAAGUAUUGAUACUCUUGUGCGAGAUGUUAAAUGAAGGCAUCAGACCAAACCAUAUCACUUAUUCUAGUUUGCUUAAGGCGUGUGCAAACCUUGGUGAUCAAGAUUCGGGCAGGCAAAUCCAUGCCCAUUCCAUCAAAUCCAACCUAGCUAACAUAAAUGUUGUUGGGAAUGCUCUAGUAAGCAUGUAUGCUGAAUCUGGUUGCAUGGCGGAGGCUAUGCAGGCGUUCGACCAGCUGUAUGAAAAGAACUUAGUGUCCUUCAGUUGUGAUUUUGAUGGAGAUGGGAGGAACCAAGAUUAUCAAAUUCAAAGAAUGGAUGUAGGAAUCAGCACUUUCACAUUUGCUAGCCUGAUCAGUGCCGCCGCCAGUGUAGGUUUGCUAACCAAAGGUCAGCAGCUGCAUGCCCUCUCAUUGAAGGCUGGAUUUGGGUCAGAUAGAGGCAUAGGCAACUCCCUUGUGUCUAUGUAUUCUAGGUGUGGAUACCUAGAAGAUGCUUGCCGAGCCUUUGAUGAAAUGAAUGACCAUAAUGUGAUCUCGUGGACUUCAAUGAUUAGUGGUUUGGCAAAACAUGGGUAUGCAGAGCGAGCUCUGGGAUUGUUUCAUGAUAUGAUCUCAGCUGGCGUGAAACCAAAUGAUGUCACAUACAUUGCUGUUCUAUCUGCAUGUAGUCAUGCUGGUCUUGUUAAAGAAGGGAAGGAGCACUUCAGAAUGAUGCAGAAGGAUCAUGGGCUCAUACCAAGGAUGGAGCAUUAUGCUUGCAUGGUUGAUCUGCUUGGGCGAUCAGGCCUUGUUGAAGAAGCACUAAAUUUCAUUAAUGAAAUGCCUUGUAAAGCAGACGCAUUGGUCUGGAAGACGCUGCUGGGUGCUUGUAAGACCCACAACAACAUGGAUAUCGGUGAGAUUGCCGCUAACCAUGUCCUAGAGCUCGAACCACAAGAUCCAGCCCCCUAUGUCCUGCUAUCCAACUUGUAUGCAGAUGCUGGUUUGUGGGAUCAAGUUGCAAGGAUAAGGAGUGCAAUGAGGGACAAAAACUUGAUGAAAGAAACAGGGUUGAGUUGGAUGCAUGUUGAGAACACCAUUCACGAGUUCCGAGCUGGUGAUACCAGCCAUCCGCGAGCAGAUGAGAUCUAUACAAAGUUGGACAAAUUGAUCAGGGAUAUCAAAGGAAUGGGCUACGUACCAGACACAAGCAUAGUGCUGCAUGACAUGCCGGAUGAGCUGAAGGAGCAGUUUCUGCUUCAGCACAGCGAGAAGAUUGCUGUCGCUUUUGGUUUGAUCAGCUGUACAUCAGCAACAAAGCCAAUAAGGAUAUUUAAGAACCUCCGUGUAUGCUCUGAUUGUCAUUCAGCACUCAAGUAUGUCUCUAAGGCCACUGGGAGGGAGAUAAUAUUGAGAGAUAGCAACAGGUUCCACAUGAUGAAGGAUGGGGAAUGCUCAUGCGGAGAAUACUGGUAACUGGCGAGCUGGCUCAGGUUUAGCCUUGCUUAAGAGCUAACUACAGAGCAUUGCUGACAGUAACUGAUGUCCAUAGUUUUUGCAGCUCCUUCACAAAAUUAUAGUUUAUACAAAGCAUGAGCUGUUGUAGUGUUGCUGUUGAUUUACAGUAGGUUACAGAAUGUGUACAGUUAAAUACUAGCUCCUAUUAGGAGUACAGAAGCAUUUUAAUAUUUCUGUCAUUCAGAACUUUUCUAGCUUUGACCAUAAAUACAAAAAGAAUCAGGGUUAUGGAA